AUCUGAUGAGAAUAGAAGCUUUGUGAAUGGACUGAUACAUGCUGGACCACCAAUAGGGUCAGUCCUCACUGGUCUCCUAGGAUACAUGUUCCUCUUCUCCCACGGGUGGGAGUACAUGUUCCUGUUAAUAGGAGUAUCAGGGAUUGGGUGGGGCUUACUGUUACGAUGGCUAUCAAGAAGACACACCUCUAAAAUACACUAUCAGCUAUUGGACUCUUCAUCAAAACAAGAACUAUCAGAUGAUAAUAAUAAUAAUAACAAUGGCAGUAGUAAGCCACCAUCUUUUUUUGAUGUACCAUGGAGAAGUUUAAUGAAGCAAGGAUCAGUUCUGGCAAUGUUCUAUGCUAGUUUCUGUGAGGGAUUCUUUCUUCAUCCGCUAAUGUCAUGGCUACCAACUUUCUUUAAUGAUAACUUUCAAGACAGGAAGCACAGCGUGAGUUAAGGGGU